AUGGAUGCCGGCGGAGGAGGAGUUUCAGCGGCGUUGGCCCCGGCGCCGUUCCUCAGCAAGACCUACGACAUGGUGGACGAUCCGAGCACGGACGCAGUGGUGUCCUGGGGCUCCGCCAGCAACACCUUCGUCGUCUGGAACGUAGCUGAGUUCGGGAAGGACCUGCUGCCUAAGUACUUCAAGCACAGCAAUUUCUCCAGCUUCGUUCGCCAGUUGAACACUUACGGAUUCAGAAAAGUAGACCCCGACCGUUGGGAGUUUGCAAAUGAUGGGUUCCUCAAAGGCCACAGACACUUGUUGAAGACGAUAAUCAGGCGUAAACCUUCCCACGCACAGCCCAACCCGCAAUCCCCUCUGGUUCAAAACCCACCUACCGAACCUUGUGCGAAGGCCCGGAAAGGCGGUAUAGAGGAAGAAGUUGAAAUGCUUAAAAAAGACAAAAAUGUUCUUAUGCACGAGCUCGUCAGGCUAAGGCACCAGCAGCAGUCAACCGACAGCCAGUUGCAGACGAUGGGCCAGAGGGUUCAUGGCAUGGAGCAACGCCAGCAGCAAAUGAUGUCUUUCCUCGCCAAAGCCGUGCAGAGCCCUGGAUUUAUGUCGCAGCUCGUGAAUAAUGACGGGCCUCGGAAAAUUUCCCACGGGAGUAAGAAAAGGAGACUUCCCGGACAGGAUGAAGAAAAUUUAGUUCAGAAGUAUGGUAUUGUGACUCCCGAUGGCCAGGUUGUCAAGUACCAGCCUCUGAUGAAUGAAGCUGCAAAGUCAAUGCUGAGGCAGAUCCUGAAAAUAAAUAAUGCACCUGGCGGAAGGCUUGAGCGUAAAUUGAGCAACUCUAAUAGUUUCUUGAUUGAUAGCGCACAACCAAUGGAUAAUAAAAUUUCCGGGGUGAUUCUAUCUGAGGUUUUACCUCAUACGAGUGCAUUAACUGAGAUCCAACCAGAUAAUUUGUUGCCCAAUUUUGUCCCGUCACAUGAAAUCACUUUGGAUAAUAACAUCGGUAUUUACGAUGAGUCGUUUAUGGGAGAACAACCUACAGUGUUAGGGUGUGGGGAUAUUAAUACAAUUUCUGGAUGUGUGGAUGCACAGAUGGCUGUUGCUUCGGAUGAGCUUCUUGCCGAUCGUGAGGUCGAUAUUUUGCUAGAUGAUAUUCAAAAUCUUCCGGGCAUAAAUGAUGUUUUUUGGGAGCAAUUUCUUUCAGGCAGUCCUGUUCAUGGGGACACGGACGAUGUAAAUAGUAGCAAGGAUCAUGUGGAGCAAGGAGUCGACUGGGAUAAUAAACUGAAGAGUUUAAACAAUCUUACUGAACAGAUGGGCCUUCUAACGUCGGUAUCUAAGAGUUGA